AUAAAAUUAGGUUUAACAUUUAGAGUCACACGUAUAUCUUAAUAUUAAAUCAAUUAAACGCCUGUACAGGUAUUCAGACUUAUACAGACGUCGUUGCAACAGCCUCGAUGGAAAGGAAUUUGAGUUAUAUACACAGACCUGUGGAUUUUCAGUACCACUAUGAGACCGUGCCUGAACGACUACAUGGAAUGGCAGAGAGACAUGGCGACAAGGAAGUUUAUGUUUUCCUUCAUCCGGAUGGAAGAAGAGAAAGCAUAACGGCCGAGGAAUUAUACAAGAAGUCUCGGCAACUAGCACACUCGCUUUUAUCAUUGGGAAUAGGAAAAGGUGAUAUCGUAGCAACGUGUUUGUACAAUGAUCUAGACUUGUUAAUAUGCACACUCGGUGUGAUUUGCACAGGUGCAAUUAUACUGAAUGUGCUCAUCAAAAACGAAGAUGGGAGUGAUUUACAUAGCAAGCUGAAGGAUCUCGACGUCAAAUGCUUAAUUCUCGAACCUGGUGAUGACCACAAGCAGUUAAAAGCUUGCAUGAAUUUCAUACCUAAAAUCGACGCAGAUGGAUCCGUUCAAAGUCCGAAAGUUCCAGCACUUAAGUGGCUUAUUUCAACUUCGACAGUAAAUGAAAUGCAAAUGUUUCAGCUCAGGGACUGUUUCAAAGAACCAGGAGAUUCUUUUCAAUUGCCAAAACUUGACCCAGAGGCUACCAUGCUACUUUUUCCUACUUCGGGAUCAACGGGAGAGUCGAAAUUUGUACCACACUCUCACCAUGACGCAAUGUUAAUAGGGCAUCACUUGAAAGAAUCCAUUGGAUACGACACUGCAGACGUAAUGUAUUGUGAACGCCGCAUUGCCUGGAUUGGUGGCUUUCCAUUCAUGUUUUUACAUGAUGCGCUUAAAGUUGUGACAAAAACAAAACCGUUCAGUACCCUAAGAGAGCAUUGCGAGUUCACAUACAAAGUUAUCCAGAAAGAGGGAUGUACAGUUGCGGGUCUUUUACCAUCAACGGUUAUUGGCCUUGUCGACAUGAUUAAAGACUUGCCCGAAAAAACAAGCUCCAUGUUGAAGAAUAUUCACACGGGUGGACUUCCUGUUGAUUCAGCUUGUAUGAAUGCGAUCGGAAUAUUGACUGAAACAGUCACAAACGUAUAUGGCUCGUCCGAGGGAGGAUUCUUUGCAGCUAACCCAGUGAAAAGAAAGGAAAACUAUCUAAACUACUGCAGCGGAAAGCCACUUGCUGGGUUUGAACUGAAAGUCGUAAAUGACGAAGGUUUUGUUGUUGAAAGGGAGAAAAUAGGCCUUAUAUUCGUGCGUUCGCCUUGUCUUUUCCGGUAUUACUACAAGAACGAAACGAAAACCAAGGAAGUCUUGUCUUCCAGCCAUUGGAUGAAUACCGAUGAUGUCGGUUAUAUAACAAAUGAUGGACAACUUGUUGUGAGUGGACGCAAAUCUGACAUCAUACUGCAAAGCGGCAAGUAUAUGUUUCCAUCUAAGAUUGAAGCAUUUAUAAAAAAUCAUCCAGAUGUUUUGGAUGUUUUGGUGAUUUCUGUUCCUGAUGCGGCGAAAUUCGAGUUAGUUUGCGCAUGCGUUAUUCCUUUACCUGGUAAAACACUAACACCGGACGACAUAGAAAGAUUCUACGCAGAGCAUAUCCUCGCUUUCGCAAAUGAAGCAUUUUCUCGUGAUAAACCAGAAAUAAUAAUGAUUUUCAAGUCUUUUCCACCACUCUACACUGGAAAGCCAGAUAAGAGAGCAUUGAAAGAAGAGGUAUUACGACGCUUACAAAAAAAAUAGCAAAUGCUUGCAAUAAUUGUCAAUAAUGUGGUAGAUUAUUAAACAGAAAUUUGAGGGUUUUUUUAUAUAUAAAUAGCCAGUUUCAUUUAGCAAGGAAGUGAACGUAUUUUCACUUAAAUUAGAUUGAAUUUGUAGAAAAUCAUGAAGAGAACAAAUUAUCUAUGAUGUAAAAGCGUUACACAUUUCAGACACUAUUACCUGAAGAACAAAUGGGAAUUUUACCGCGACUUAACUUGCAUUCCUGUCAAACGAAGAAGACUGAAAAAAGUGGUUUGCUUAUGAAUAAAAUCAAUAUCGUUUAGAUGCGUAUUAUAAUAUCACUCGGGCUUCACCCUCGUGAAAUAAUUCCUUCACAACUGAACAUAAAACGAUUUCAUUCAACGACGAAAUUCUUAAAUAGACACACUAGUUCAUUGUGUUUUAACAUGUUUUUUAGUGUACAUCAUUAACUGUAGGAAAUGUGCCUCUAAAACAAACUUUUGCGAUUAUCAAAAUUCAUGAUUGACGAGCUACUAGACUAGAAAAGCACAAAAUAGGUUGAAAAGCUUCUUACGUUACAGAAAUAUCUGCUAGUGAUAGUAACGUAUGUUGAUAAAGUACUCCUUACUAAGAAAAUAAUAUCCACAAUGUGAAUUUGAACGAGAUUAUAUAGAUAAUGAUGAUGCAAUUCCACAGAUAGAAAAGCAAAACGUAGUGGCAUUUAAAGAAUGAAAUCAGCAAUGACUCAAAUACUUUAAGUGAUCAGGAUAUCUGAAGUUAUGGGCAUUAAUUAUAAUCAUGUCUGUGAUACUCCGAGGCAGUGAUUACUCUGAAUCUGCGGUUUCUGAUACUCCGAGGCAGUGAUUACUCUGAAUCAGCGGUUUCUGAUACUCCGAGGCAGUGAUGACUCUGAAUCUCUGAAUCUGCGGUUUCUGAUACUCCAAGGCAGUGAUGACUCUGAAUCUGCGGUUUCUGAUACUCCGAGGCAGUGAUUACUCUGAAUCUGCGGUUUCUGAUACUCUGAAGCAGUGAUGACUCUGAAUCUGCGGUUUCUGAUACUCCGAGGCAGUGAUGACUCUGCAUCUGCGGUUUCUGAUACUCCGAGGCAGUGAUUACUCUGAAUCUGCGGUUUCUGAUACUCCGAGGCAGUGAUGACUCUGAAUCUGCAGUUUCUGAUUCUCCGAGGCAGUAACUACUCUGAAUCUGCGGUUUCUGAUUCUCCGAGGCACUGAUUACUCUGAAUCUGCGGUUUCUGAUUCUCCGAGGCAGUGAUGACUCUGAAUCUGCGGUUUCUGAUACUCCGAGGCAGUGAUGACUCUGAAUCUGCGGUUUCUGAUACUCCGAGGCAGUGAUUACUCCGAAUCUGCGGUUUCUGUACAUGACCGAUUAGUUUCAUUUUGUUUCCGGAAGGGAACAUGUGAUGCUGAAAUAUGGUGAAUCAUAAUACAACGGCAAAAUAAAGGGAAAUGUAUCAGAUCAAUUAGUGACAUUGUAUUAGUGACAUAUUAUAAUUAGUGUGAACAUAACUAUAUUUAUACUAUCAAGUUUACAUUACUAUCAAGUUUACAUGUCUUGCCAUUUUAAAUUCAAUACUACAGUUACUCUCGUACUGUACAAAGGUACAGGGUUAAAUUGUACAUUUAAGAAAUUAAGUUGUUUUUCCUCAAUUGUUUUUAAAAUAUUUUACAGGUUAUUUAUUUAUAAAAUGUGAGAAAAUACUAUAUAUAUUUCUAUGUGCACGUUAUUUAAAAUGCUGUAUUUCAAAUACAUUAACAAGGUAUAAUGAAAAGAUAACUUGUAUCUUUUUAACCGUGACUGCAAUAUUUCUAAAGAUGACAAGUAUUUUAUGUUUUUCUUACAUUUUCUGUAUAUUAUUUAUAAAUGCACAACUUUAAUAACAUCAUUGCUAACUCAGCAAGAUUCUGACAACUCAAAAAUAUAAUAGAGUCUUCAAGCCCUUUUUCCUUGAGAAUUAGAAAAAAUGCGUUGUAAGUUAUCUAAAUUGGACAAUUUGAUCUUAUAUUUGUAUAAAAUUUAUUUUUUGAAUUAUACCUUUAAUGCACAAGAAAGUCAAUGCGGAAAUUUAAAUCAAAGAGUAUAAAUAUGAUUAUCCCUAGUUUCAAGUGUGAUUUGCUGGAUUUUGACAUCAGAGAUAAGACUGUUCCAUACAGGUUGUCCGGCCUCUAUAACUUAAAUGACGCUUUUUAGCUCACCUGAGCCAAAGGCUCAUGGUGAGCUUUUGUGACCGCUCAAUGUUCGUCGUCAGUUGUCCGUCGUGAGUGUUUGUUUUUCCUAAAUUAAUUUUUGUACUUCUGGCAUGUGUAUGUGUAAAAGUUCUGCUCAACCCGGGGAUAGAGGGCGUGGACGGUAGCAUGCAUUUCCACUACUUAGAACAGGCUGAAUCAAACCGAGCCUGUCACAUUUUCGUGUUGAGCGACCUGUGGAGUUUCCACUUUUUCUAUUUUACAUAGACUUAUAUAGCAAAAAUACUUUAAACAUCUUCUUGUCUAAAACCACAAGACAUAGGUCUUUGAUGUUUGGUAUGUACCAUUGCCUUGUGUUCCUCUACCAAGAUUUUUCAAAUUAUUACCCUAGGGUAAAAAUAGGCCUAGCCCCGGGGAUCCGGAAUUUUACACAGACUUAUAUAGGAAAAAAUUUGAAAAUUUUCUUGUAUGAAACUGCAAGGCCUAGGCAUUUGAUAUUUGGUAUGUUGCUUUGCCUAGUGGCACUCUACCAUAGUUGUUUAAAUUAUUGAGGUUAAAAGCGGCCCCGUCCCAGGGUCACUUUUAUAUUAGUUAUAUAGGAAAAAUACUUCAAAAAUUAUCUGAUCAUAUUUCCUAGACUGUUUAAUUAUAAUUACCCGUUGACCCCGAGUAAUUAGGAGUCACUUGACUGUGACCUUGACCAACUGACCUACUUUCUUGAUUUUUAACAUACAGCUUUCAAGUUUGGAUGACAUAUACAGUUCUGCACACCGAUAUUAACACUGACUUCCAGUGACCAUGACUGUGACCUACUGACCUACUUUCUUGAUAUUUUAGCACCAGUUCGACAUUUGAAACAUAUAGCUUAUAUUACUCAUGUGGGCGAUCCAGGGUCAUCAUGACCUUCUUGUUUAUACAUUCCGUUGGACACAUUUAUAUGUCCCAUUACAGUAAUUUGAAUUGUCUGCAUCUCAAUAAAUACAUGGCAAUAAGCAUUUAGUAUUUUUGUUCCACCUUAUGCAGUUCACUGCUAACAUUUACUAUACGACAAUUUCUAUUUGACAGUCUAUAUUUGACACUAAAUAAUUUGACAAUUAGCAUUUGGCAUGCCUUCCUAGACUUACAAAGUGUGUUAAGAGCUAAAAUUCUUAGUAAGACUUUUUAUUUGGGAUUAAAUAAUCAA